GAAGAAAAAGGACGAGAAAGAUAAAGAGAAAGGGAAAGAGAAGAGACACAAUCCGUUAAACCACCUACGCCCAGAGGGCUGGUGGGAUUCGUGAAGCUUCAUGCAUCCCGGUUCAGGCAUCCCGGUUCAAGCAGACUUGGUGCAGCUUCCAUUUUGCCCGUAAUCAAAUCACACACACACACGCGAAAACACUUGGCUUGUGGGUCCGUUCUUUCUGUUCCGUGGGAUGGCGGUCCAGAAGGCGCCUUGGACCGUGUGGUCCGUGGUUGCAGUCGUCCUCAGCAUCAGCGCACCCACUGUGACCUCGAUCGGUGUGAGUUCCAAGCCGGAGUGUGCAGAUGACGACGCCCAAAUUAUUGCUCUCGGCAAGCGGCAUCGGCGUCAAGAUCGGAGGUUGUGCUGAGGUGCAGGCUUAUUGCGAAGAUGCGGCGUAUGGCAGCACUGUGCAGGCGACCUGUCCUGCAACGUGUGGCCUCUGCAGGAUGGCCAGCCCCAGCAGCUCCCAGGCGGCUAAGGUGCUGAUGGACAGGAGCUCCAGGGGCUCCCGGGACGCAGAUGAUCAACAGUCCUUGGACAGGGCUCUGGCGGCGAAAGGGCCCGACCCGACGCCGAGGCCGACGCCGUGGCCGACGCCGUGGCCGACGCGGUACCCGACGCCGAGGCCGACGUCGUGGCCGACGCCGUGGCCGACGCGGUACCCGACGCCGAGGCCGACGCCGUGGCCGACGCCGAGGCCGACGCCGUAUCCGACGCCGAAGCCGACGCCGAACCCAACGCCGAACCCGACGCCGUACCCGACGCCGAAGCCGACGCCGAACCCGACGCCGAACCCCACGCCGUACCCGACGCCGAUGCCGACGCCGAACCCGACGCCGAACCCGACGCCGUACCCGACGCCGAAGCCCACGCCGAACCCGACGCCGAACCCGACGCCGUACCCGACGCCGAACCCGACGCCGAACCCGACGCCGUACCCGACGCCGUACCCCACGGCCUUCCCGACGCCGUACCCGACGUCGUACCCGACGCCGUACCCCACGGCCUUCCCGACGCCGUACCCCACGGCGUUCCCGACGCCGUACCCGACGGCCUUCCCGACGCCGUACCCGACAGCCUUCCCGACGGCCUACCCAACAGCUUUCCCGACGCCCUACCCGACGCCGUUCCCGACCCCUAGCCCGACGCCCAGCCCGACAUAUCCUUUGGGUUGGCCGACGCCACAACCAACGUUUCUUCCCGCAGCUCCUAUGCCGGGUGGAGCUGCCGGAGGCGUGGCUGCCACCGGCGAUCCCCACCUUCAGAAUGUUCACGGUGAGCGGUUCGAUUUAAUGCAGGCGGGCAAACAUGUUCUGAUAAACAUCCCUCGUGGAGUGAGCGCUGAAGAUGCAUUGCUUCGUGUGCAGGCCGAUGCGCGCCGCCUGGGUGGAAGUUGUUCGGAUAUGUACUUCCAAGAACUGAACAUUACAGGCUCUUGGGCAGAGGCUAAGCAAGUUGGAGGGUACCACUACGGCGUACGGCAAAGCGUUUGGACGAGUCCGCAAUGGGUUGCUAUUGGCCGGGUAGAGCUGAAAGUCGUCCAUGGACGCACACAGAGUGGCAUCCUGUAUUUGAAUGUGUUUGUGAAGCAUUUAGGACAAUCAGGGUUUGCCGUCGGAGGUUUGCUGGGGGAAGACGACCACAAGGACGCGAUGACUCCCCCGGCGUCUUGUGCCAAACACAUUCCUUUGCUAGAAGCAGUGACGAGUGGCCAGGUUCCUUCCUCCGAGUCGUCGGUUGCAGCAGCAACCUUCGCGUGACCAUGCUGGAUACUUUGAAAUGUGGGUAUAUGACAACUACGCCCAUUUGGGUGACGCAUGCGGUAGUGUUUUCCUGCUCCAUAGAAAAAGAAAUAAGAACCCUUAAGUGCAAGCACUGCUUAGGGAAGAGGCCUCUAAAACAGUUCGUGGAUGCAGGACAUGACCCCUGGUGCCAUCUAAGAGCGUGAUGGAAGUGUGGCUUCAGACCCACGCCCCUUCGGAAAAGUCACGUGGCAUCCUACUUCCCCAAGCUUCAGUCCUCUCUGCCCUUCCUUCGCCCCCCCUCCCUCCUUUCAGGAGGUACGUAAGGCCGAUUGCCCAGAGAGGGCGCCUCAUCUGUCCUCAUUGGUUUUGCGGUCCGCAUGCGCACAUGCCUCACGUGAAGGCUCUUCCCGUUUUGGCCUGGUGAGGUUGUUCUGCCGCCCUCGAUGAGGCCGCCACAGGACCCGCGCUGGAGCAGAAGGUGCAGGCAAGAAUAUUGCAUUGCAUACGUGGCGUUGUCGCGGCGGCGGUGGUCCUUCCGCCGUUCGGAGACACGGCGCCAAUACAAUGCCCCUUUUCGGCAGCCGCACCCCCCACUCCAAGGAUGCCUUAGCCCUGGCCUUGCCACUCCACUCCCGUGCUGUCGGAGAUUUGGGGCGAGCCCGAAGUGCAACGUGAGAUGCACCAACCGGGACAUCGUUUCGUUUCGUGCGUGACGUGCGUGUGUUACGGUAUAACCGGGGCAGUGGGUGUGGACAUCCGAAGCGCAGUGUGUUCGGCCAGCCACUGCACCACAUAGUGCAACCAUCGCUCACACAAAUCCUCCUGUUAUUCGGCAUUGGACCAUGUGGCGGCG